ACGUAGUUCCAGGUCGGUGGCUGUUCACAUCAAACGCUUGAGAAACACGGAAGUGAAGUUUAUUCUUGCCUUUGGGUAACGAUCAAGGUCGAUAGAAGGAAAGACGUGGCCUCACAAUAUCAUUCAAUGCUAUAAGAGCAUAAAAGAUGGGGUUUGAUCUAGGAUUUAGUAACAUGUCUCGCCAAGCAAUGGAGAUGGAGAUGUGGGAGUUAUAUAACACUUACAGGCAUCAAAUAUGGUUGGCCUGCCCGCUUAUACCUAUUGUGAUGCUCUUCGUCUUGCCUGGUGUGUUGUUAGCCAUGAUAUAUAUAUCGUCGUUAUUCCUUCAAAUAUAUCGUCGAUAUUACAUCGAAGAAUGUCAGAAAGAACCAAAAUAUUGGAACAAGGCCCGUUAUAUGUUAUCUUUAUUAUGGGAUGCUUAUGGAUGGAUUUAUUAUGGUUACGAAAUAGAAGGUCUGGAAAAUAUACCCGAUAAAGGACCAGCAGUGAUUAUAUUUUAUCACGGAGCCUUACCUAUGGAUUGGUAUUUUAUGAUUUGUAGAUGCUUACUAAUUAAAAAAAGGAUGAUGGUAUCAGUAGCUGAUAGGAUCCUCUUUAAAGUUCCAGGAUGGGGUUUAUUAUUAGAAACAUCGAGAGUAAUUCCAGGAACAUCAGAGGAUUGCGUGAAUGUACUAAAAAAUGGAGAUCUUUUAUGUCUUUCACCUGGAGGAUUGAGAGAAGCUCAAUUUGGCAGUGAAAAUUAUAAACUGAUGUGGGGUAAUCGUUGCGGUUUCGCACGAGUUGCAUUAGAAGCUAAAGUGCCAGUUAUUCCAGUCUUCACUAGAAACAUCAGAGAAACCUUUUCUACAUUAAAAAUAUUGAAAAAGUGGCAGAGACGAGUAUACGAAGAAUCUCGCUAUCCAACUGCACCUCUCUACGGAGGUUUUCCUGUUAAAUUGAAGACUUAUAUAGGACAACCCAUACCUUAUGAUCCAAGUAUAUCUGCUGAGGAGUUAACAAUAAAAGCCAAAGAAUCAAUGGAAAGAAUGAUAUUAACGCAUCAAAGAUUACCAGGAAGUAUUUUUCACGCUCUUCUCGAGAGAAUUAAAGAUUUUGCUAAAUAUAAAUAUAUAUAAAAAUAGUUUUAUAUAAUGCUUCUAAGUAAAAAAAAACAAAAAAAUGAA